AUCUUAUAUGUACGAAACCACGGCUAAAAUGUAACUUCUUCUAUCCCAGGAAAUGGGGGAUACCGGCGAACAAGAACUAAACUUUUUACCAUUAAUUUCUGACUUGUUAAAGAGUGUAGAAAAAGAGUCUGGAGAUGUAAACACUAAGAUGACCGAGUUGAAAACAAAAUUGGACAAAGCUAGAGAAUUUGUAGAAAAGAUGCCAGGAAUUCAACAAAGCCAAUCAGAACAAAUUAAACAGAUAGAUAUUCUUAGGAAUCAGUUAACAGUGAAAACUGCAUUAUUAGAAAAAUAUAAAAGUAUGGACAAAUUUGAUUUGUCAAGCUAACUUUUUUAUUUUUGUAGACUUGAAAUUGUGUUCGUUGUAAAGAAAAUUUGUAUAAAAUUA